UCCAUCUACUUUUUUCAACAUUCUCUGCAUAAAAUUCAAAGGACUGUAACUUGGUGCCUGCUUAAGUCAAAAGCAAAAUCUAAGAUUCUUCAAUCCAAACAAACAACAGGAAUUUCAUUAUGUUCUCUGAUGUCUGUGGAAGAAGACUCCUGGGAAUGCUAUCUCCAAGGCUAUUGACAUUUUUGCUUCUAACUCAAGUGCUUGGACGAGCCCAACGAACGCCACAUGAUGCCAUGCUGGUGCAGUACAUUGAGAGACGCAUCAUGAUACUUGAGGACAGGAUGGAAAAAUGCAACCAAGACAUGAACAAGUACGUCAGUGAGUUCAGAGACUUCCGGAAAGAAAUUAUGCUGCGCUUGGACAGGCUGAAUGUUUACAAAUCUGAGUUUAAGAAUGAGGUAGUGGACUUGGGAUCCAGAAUAGAGAGGAUUGAGAAGGAUAUUGACUACCUGGAGUCUCAACAGCCUACACAACCAUGCUUGGAGGUUGAUGAGAAGCUGGCCGAAAAGGAAAUCCAACAAGAGCAGAAGAGAAAGACCAAGUUCCGUAUGUCUGCAGAUUGUGAUAGCCUACUGACAGGUAUCAAGUCUCUGAAGAUUGUGAAGAGAACGGGAGAGGUUCAAGGUUCCUGGAUAAAGGACCCAAUCCGGGACUUCCACAAGAUUUAUUUCUUCCGGGGGACCAGCGGCGGCUCACUCGCAGAGUUUGCCGGCAUCAGGUCCUUCACUGACCGCUCGCGGACGCAGCUGCCCAAGACAGUGACCCUGCCGGUGGCCUGGCAGGGGACGGGGCAUGUCGCCUAUGAUGGCUACCUCUACUUCCACGCCAACGGCACACUCAACCAGAUUGUCAAGUACAAUGUGCGCAACAGGACAAUCAGCGACCGGAUGCUGCUUCUGGGGGCUGGGCAGGUCCCAGCCUACCAGCUGUCUCCCUACACCUUCAUUGACCUGGCGGUGGAUGAGCAAGGCCUCUGGGCUGUCCAUGCCGAGCCUGACAGCGGCGGCCGCAGCACCAUCGUGGUCACCAAAAUCGACCACGGCAGCCUGGCGGUGGAGCACUCCUGGGACACGCCAUGCUCCAGCCAGGGGGCCGAGUCGGCCUUCAUGCUCUGCGGCACCCUCUACGUGGUCUACAACACAGAGUAUGGCAGCCGCUCUCACAUCCAGUGCCUCUACGAUGUGACUGAUGUGGUGACCAGCGCCCAGCUACCCGUCCUCUACUUCCCCAAGCGAUAUGGUCGGCACUCCAUGAUCCACUACAACCCGCGGGAGAAGCAGCUUUAUGCCUGGGAUGAUGGCUACCAGACGAUCUACAAGCUCUUCACGAGGAGAAAGCUCGAGAGCUCGCUCGACUCCCAGUAGCUUCCAUCUUAAUCUUUAAUAUGCGCUUUACAUGAAGUGGCCUACGUUUACGUUACUGAACAAUAUCUAUCCUGCUUCUAGAAUAUAGAAUAGUACAGGCCUAUCGGCCCACAGCAUUGUGGCAAGCUAGAACAUACAAUUCUAUAUACAAUAUAGAACAGGGCAGGCCCUUUGGCCCAAGAUUUUGAGAGGACCUUUUAACCUAUUCUAAGAUCAAUCUAACUCCUCCCUCCCACCUAGCCCUACAUUUUUUCUAACAUCUAUGUGCCUGUCUAAGAGUUUCUUAAAUGUUGCUAAUGAAUUUACCUCUACCAUCACCCCUGGCAGCACGUUCCACACAUCCAUCACUCUCAGUGUAAAAGAUUUAGCUCAGAUAUCCGACCCUUAUCAACAAAAUUUUAGUCUGUCAUAUUAGCUAUUUCUUCCCAGGGAAAAGUCUUUGGCUAUCCACUCUAUCUUGUACAUCUCUAUUAAGUCAUUGAACAUACAACCUUAUAGCAUAGUAGAAGCUCUUCAGCCCAUGAUGUUGUGCUGACCUUUUAACCUUCUCUAAGAUCAAUCUAAUGCUUCCCUCCCACAUAGUUCUCCAUUUUUUCUAUCAUCCCUGUUCCUAUCUCAGAGUUUCUUAAAUGCCCCUAAUGUAUCUGUCUCUAACACCAUUCCUGGUAGGGCAUUCUAUGCACCCAUGAACUUACUUCUGAAAUCCCCACGAUAGUUUCCUUCAAUCACCAUAAAGUUAAGUCCCUUCAUAUCAGCGAUUUCUGCCCUGGGAUAAAGGUCUCUGACUGUCCGCUCAAGCUAUGCCUCUUGUCAUCUUGUACACCUCCAUCAAGUCACCACUCAUCCACCUUCACUCUAAAGAGAAAAGUCCUAGCUCGCUCAGCCUAUUCUCAUAAGACAUGCCCUCCAAUCCAGGCAACAUCCUGGUAAAUCUCCUCUGCAUCAUCUCUAAAGUGUCCACGUCCUUUUCAUAAUGGGGUGACCAGAAUUAAAAGGAAUGAAAUCUGACAUCAUUUUUGUAUAUGUUUCAAAGUUUCAAAGUACAUUUAAUAUCAGAGCAUAUAUCCAGUAUACAACCUGAAAUUUGUCCUUUUUACAGACAUCCACGAAUCAAAGAAACCCCGUAGAAAGAUAGAAAUAUCAAAACCAUGAGCCCCCCCCUUUGCACAAGCAGCAAAAGCAUCGACCCCCAUCGAUAACUUCUUCAGCCAGCAGUUCCUGCUGCUUCUCCGUUAGCUGACAGCUUUAUACUCCAUCUGAUUGAGGAUCAUAGCCCGCAAAAUCGACUGUUUAUUCAUUUCCUUCGCAUGAUCUGCUGAGUUCCUCAAGCAUUUUGUGUGUGUUACUCUGGAUUUCCAGUAUCUGCAGAAUCCUUUCUGUUUAAGCUUUAUACCUGUACUGCUUUCCAAACCCGUCCCUUGUUCAUAAGGCACAGGUCAGGAGCCUGAUAGAAUAUCUUACACGGAAUCUGAAUCAAGUUUAUUAUCACAGAAGCAUAUCCUGAAAUUCAAACAACAGGAAUUCUGCAGAUGCUGGAAAUUCAAGCAACACACAUCAAAGUUGCUGGUGAACGCAGCAGGCCAAGCAACAUCUAUAGGAAGAGGUACAGUCGACGUUUCAGGCCGAGACCCUUCGUCAGGACUAACUGAAGGAAGAGUGAGUAAGGGAUUUGAAAGCUGGAGGAGGAGGGGGAGAUCCAAAAUGAUAGGAGAAGACAGGAGGGGGAGGGAUAGAGCCGAGAGCUGGACAGGUGAUAGGCAAAAGGGAUACGAGAGGAUCAUGGGACAGGAGGUCCGGGAAGAAAGACAAGGAGUUGGGGGGACCCAGAGGAUGGGCAAGAGGUAUAUUCAGAGGGACAGAGGGAGAAAAAGGAGAGUGAGAGAAAGAAUGUGUGCAUAAAAAUGAGUAACAGAUGGGGUACGAGGGGGAGGUGGGGCCUUAGCGGAAGUUAGAGAAGUCGAUGUUCAUGCCAUCAGGUUGGAGGCUACCCAGACGGAAAAUAAGGUGUUGUUCCUCCAACCUGAGUGUGGCUUCAUCUUUACAGUAGAGGAGGCCGUGGAUAGACAUGUCAGAAUGGGAAUGGGAUGUGGAAUUAAAAUGUGUGGCCACUGGGAGAUCCUGCUUUCUCUGGCGGACAGCGUAGAUGUUCAGCAAAGCGGUCUCCCAGUCUGCGUCGGGUCUCACCAAUAUAUAAAAGGCCACAUCGGGAGCACCGGACGCAGUAUAUCACCCCAGUCGACUCACAGGUGAAGUGUUGCCUCACCUGGAAGGACUGUUUGGGGCCCUGAAUGGUGGUAAGGGAGGAAGUGUAAGGGCAUG